CAAUUAAAAACCAUCCGAUCUCAUAACCCUUAACCGGUGCUUUUUCCAUUUCGGACAAAGCUCCGGCGUAAGGAAAAUGGACGGGUUCGGGUCUAAUCCAAGGACACUCGCCGUUGACCAAUGGAUGGCGAUAGUUAACGGUAAGGGUUACGGCGUUGGUGGAGCAACCCAGUUUCACCCGACCAAGUCCAGCACGUCAGAUUUUAAGCUGUCUAUCCCACCUCCGCCGGGAGCAGUUCAGACGACACGCACGAGUGCUCAUGUUCCUGUCCCGUGGAGUUUCAUCACCCCGGAAACGAAGAGAAAGAAGAGAAUCGCGACGUACAAAGCUUACGCGAUGGAAGAUAAAGUUAAAACCACGGUUAAAAAAGGGUUUCACUGGAUCAAGAACAGGUGCUCCCAGAUUAUACAUUAAUAACAUUAUUCUUUUUUGUUUGUAUUAUUUCCUGCGGAUCGUGCAUUGGGCUCUCUCGCCUGCGAUAAUCUUCGGCGACUCCUUUAUUUGGUAUAAAAUGUAAGACACGCUGUUGUUGUUGUGCAUGAGAAUGAUUAGUCGACAAUGAUUCAGGUCAAACAGGGUUCAUGUUUGUGGCCCGAACAAUUCUGUUUACAUCAUAUUUAAGCCCCAAUACUACUUAAAUUAGCCCAUUAAGUAAAUGGGCAUCUGAAAUUGUAUAUUUUAUUAACAAGGGACAAAGCAUCUUCUACG